AUGGCGUCACCAUUUUUGGGUGUUACCGUGGACCUCGGCGCACGUAUCGUACAGGCGUCUCUCCGGAGACAGAGGGUUUUUCAGGACAGAACUGAUCCCCUGGCAUUUUCUGACCAAAUUCUUUAUGAGAGAUACAGAUUCUCAGCAGAGGGUAUUCGUUAUCUGAUCGACCUUGUUGGACCGUAUGUAGGCAAUGUGACACAAAGAAGCCGUGCACUUACUGUUGCGCAGUGUGUCUGUGUUUCCCUGCGAUUCUUUGCCACGGGCACAUAUUUACAUGCAGUUGGUGAUGCGGAACGUAUUGGCAAAAAUACGGUGUGCCGUGCCAUACACAAGGUUGUAGCUGCGCUCAAUAUUUUGCUCCAUAGGUUUGUGGCGUUUCCCAGCUUCUUGCCAAGUCAAAUUGUCAAGGAAGGAUUUUACACACUUUCAGGAUUCCCCAAACUGAUUGGAGCUAUUGACUGUACCCAUGUCCCCAUCACUGGACCUUUAGGGGAACAUGAGGCUGACUUUGUGAACAGAAAGUCAACCCAUAGCCUCAAUGUGCAGAUGACUUGUGACCAUCAACUCAUGGUUACCAGUGUGGAUGCCAAAUGGCCUGGCUCGCUCCAUGACUCCCGUAUUUUUCGGGAGUCAAGUCUUUGCCGACAGUUUCAGGAAGGCCGUUAUGAUGGAAUUCUUGUUGGGGACAGAGGGUAUGCCUGCAUGCCAUUCUUAAUGACACCAUACGGCGACCCACAGAGUGAAUCGGAGGCACGGUUCAACAGGGCCUUAAGCACAGGCCGGGUGAGGAUCGAGAUGACCUUUGGAAUUCUCAAGGCCCGCUGGAACUGCCUCCGUGGUUUGAGGGUCAAGCCGGAGAGAGGAAGCCAAAUCAUCACGGCAUGUGUGGUGCUCCACAAUAUUGCAUCAAUUCGGAAAGAGAGAGCCCCACAUGUGCCAUUAGUGGCAGAUGAUGUGGUGGACCCCAUCACGGUGGAUCAUCCCACAGGAACGGCGGUCAGACGGGCCAUCACUAACCAGUUUUUUGGUUAGUUUUUUUGUUUUGUUUCGUUUCCCUCUUGGAAGGAUGCGUUUGUUUUUUUUAGGGCUGGGCAAGUCAACGCGUUAAGUACGCAAUUUAUUUAACGGAAUUAUUCCAAAUGGACGCACGUUCUCUUUUGGAGCCUUUUUUUUUCCCAUUUAGAUUUUCCAAGGUCUUGCCCACAGAAUGUCAACAUAUCAGAAAUGAUUUUCGUUUAGUUUCACUGACUAUACAUUCAAUUACACUUGCAGGGUCCUGCCUUUACAAUUCCCUAAUCUGUGGUGUUCCGUAAAUGUCAAAUUCAACCCACACACUGGGUGAAACUCUCUAGAUCACUUGGUCUAGUUUUUGCUUAUUAAGUAGGCUACAUUUGGUAUGAAUGUUAAUGUGUCAUUCCAUUUGAUAAUCUCAUAACUUCAUUGUGACUUGUGUUCAAUAAAUACAAUGGACGGAAAAACA